ACUUUUUUACAGUGUUUUUUUAUUGAAUCAGUUUAAUUUGUAGAUAAAAGUUUUAUACAUUGUCCUUCUCCAGCAUUUUUUAUGCUAUCCAUGCAAUAUAUUGAUAGUUUUGUUUACUAUUGCUUUUUUUCUCUAUACGUCAUUUAGAAGAUCAAUUAGAAAAGACAAUGCAGGAUUUCAUGAGAAACAUGAACUCUAGUGGAUCUAGUUCUACUUUUGUGCCUCCUCCUGUUACCACUGUUGUGUCUCCUCCUGUUGUCACUACACUUACAUAUGCUGAUUAUUUAACCUAUCGGUCCCAGCAUCCAGGACCCCGAUCAAACAAAUCUUUUUUGAGUUGGGUCCGGAAUGGUGGGGAGGACUAUCCACAUUUUAGGUGGCAUCCCUACUCGGGUGCUGGGUCAAACAACCGAGGGCAUCAGGAAAGGAGACGUGGCAAUAGAGGAGGCAGCAGCGGAAGCACUUUUAAUUAUUAUUUAAAUUAAAAGUUUAUAUUUUUGUUCGUUUUUAUUUUGUAAAUAUAAGAUUUUUUGUUAAUAAAAGUUAGUUCUUUCUUCAAUGUGUUAAUGUAUUGUCCGCAGAAAAGUAACAAAAGCAUAACUCACUCUCUUAAAAUCUUUCUGCAAAUCUCUAUUAUGAUAUUAAAAAGUUGAUUUAUUUUAUUUUUGCAAGAGUUAUAAAUAAACACAACAAAAUUAGAAUCAUUAGAGUUCACAUCAAUAUUAGAAUCAUUUUGUCUUUUUAUCAUUUAAAAAUUUCUUUUUAAAUACGUUC